UGCGGCGGUCGGGAUGUAAGGAGCAAUGGCGACGGCCGAGCCGGAGCUGAGCUGGAUGUGACCAAACAGGCGGACUGGAGGCAGUUUGAACGUUUCCUCUGACUUGAGCCUCCUCGUGCCCACAUAUUCUCUUGGUACCAGAAUGGAAGCAGAAGUCACUGUGUCUUCCUCGUCGACCGUCGUUUCGCCCCCGGCUGCUCAGGUUUCGACCAAUCCGUCCAACAACGUGUCUAUGAAGCAGCGGGACGGCAGCAAAAAGCCCCCCUCCACCACCCCCGCCUUCCUCUCCAACCUGGGCCGCGCCACCCUCCGGGGCAUCCGCAAGUGUCCUCAGUGUGGCGUCUACAACGGAACCCGUGGCCUCAGCUGCAAGAACAAAGCUUGCGGCGUGUCGCUGCGAAAUGCCUCAUCGACGGGGCGGGGCGGCAAGAAGUGUGCAGUGGAGGCGGUGAAGGUGAUAAUAGACAGCGAGGAGCGCUGGGGGAAGGAUCCGGAGGCGGGUGGAGGUGAUGGAGGAGGAGGAGGGAUGCUGGGGGGCGCCUCAGCUGGAGCUGCCCAGGUGUUCUCAGUGUGCCACAGAGGAAGGGGAGCCACGGCCACCCAGUGGGGCUUCGUGGAGCUCGUGCCCACCGACACGGCGAUAGCCACCGGGGACGGCGCCACCCUGCUCACACGCAUCAACCUGGGCCGCUGCUUCUUGUCCUCCUGCAGACAGGGUCAGAGGUCAAGCCAGGGCGAGCCCGAGUCCUCCAAGCAGUCCUCCGAGAACCUCUGCGUCCACAUCAAGCAGGCCAUCGAGUGCAGGAGCCGCGCCACCCCGCUGACCUUGAAGAGCUCCGUGCUGGAGGGCCUGCAGGCCUCCAUCCAAGCCAAGGAGGAGCUGUGGAGGCUGGCCACGGAGUCCCCGGGGCCCCUGGUGCAGCGGGUCUCCAAGGACACCCUGGUGGUGAAGUGCCACACGGAGUCGCAGCAUCCUCUGGGCCUGCUGCACCUCACAGUCGGUGCCGGGGGGCUGUCGGCGGAGGGCUCGAAGAGCGUUUUUCACUGCGCCUGCCAGGCCAGCGCCAAGAGACUUAAACCCAGCGUGGAAGGAGGAGGCUCACAUGCUGCUCCUCUUCCCUCUCCUCCUCCUCCUCCUCCUGGCUCCAUCACAUCACAGCUUUGCCUUCAUUUCUACGCCUGCGUGUGUGCCUUCGCAAGUGACGAGAAGCUGACGGCAGAGUUCGCAGCUUUCAUCAGCCACACGUCCAGUGACGUGCAGCAGAACUCCUCCAGUAGAACACUCGUGUCCGGUGAGAAGCCGCCGCAGCAGGUCGAACCGGUCAGCGCUCUUCAGAAAGCGAAGAAGCUUCGUCUGGAAAACUCCGUCUCCGGGAGCGCUCAGGUUGUGGACGAGCGAGCCGUGACCAUGAGCUUCCACCAGUGGCUGGCCGGCGUCACCGAGAGGAUCCACCAGACCAUGCACUACCAGUGUGACGGUAAACCUCAGCCUCUGGUCUUCCACAUCACCCUGGACUUCUUCAACGCGCUGCAGCAGCGUCUUUCGCUCGGAUCGAAGAAGAGGAGACUCCCAAACAUCACAACAGCAUUAGUGAGGAACGACUGUCCCCCUCUGGGCCCGUUCUCUAAAUACACCUGGCACAUCACCAACAUCCUUCAUGUCAAGCGCAUCUUCGACACUCCAGAGUUGGCUCUGGAAAUCACUCAGAGCUUUGUGAAAAACGCAGAUGGAUCGUAUUCGCACUUCCGCUGCCCCGAGCCGCUGCCUGAGCCAGAUUUACCGGAGGGAUUCAAGACCGAGCGACCGCAGGCGAUACGACCGAUGGAGUUCCGCACCUUCCUCAAAGUUGGUCCGAGCUCCGAGCAGAAGGAGGCCUGUCCCUUUGUGAUCGAGUGGAUCCCCGACGUCCUCCCUCGCUGCCACAUGGGCGAGCUCAGGCUCAGCUUCGAGUUCGGCCACCAGCAGAGCGGCCAGCCGGAGAGCUUCGACAAGGCGGGCGCGGCGGAGAAGGGAAGCCGGAACAAGUCCGAGUGCGGCCAGUCCAAACUCUCCAAGGUGGCCGAGAUGCUCCAGGUCGUAAUGUGACGGCGUCCGCCGUCUCACACCAUGUCACCUCCACUUUUACCCUUUUUAUGAAGGUAAUUAUGCAAAACUAUCGGUACUCAACUGCCAUCAGUGUGUUUAGUCAGUAGAGGAUUCAGUAUUUAUUCUCAUAGCAUUAAAAAGACGACAUAUAUUUCUAAAACAAGAAUUUAUUUUUUAAUAAAAAAAAGCUGCUUUUAGCAUGUAAAAUGAAGUCCGACAUAAUGAAAUUAGUAUUUCACUAAAUCCAUUUCUAAUGUGUUUUGCUGAGAUUUAGGAACACGAAACGCGUCAGAUGGAUAAAAUGUCUCUUUACUGGCAAAAAAUAAACAUGUAA